UCCCCUUUUACUACGGUCUGUCUCUUCGGCCUUUCCGUGUCCCCCAAUCUCGCUUUUCUCCGGGUUCUCUCGCUCGCCGCUCGCGCUCUCUCUCGCAGGCGGGCGGGGGCAAGGCUUUUCCCUCUCGAGCUAGCUCUUUCCGGUCGCUUCCGCCGCGCCUCGGCACAGCCUCCAGUGGAAGGAGUGGAGGACGAAGUAAGUUGGCAAUGGCCGAAAAUAUAACAGAGAAUUCGGGAAUGAGCCUUAGGCCCUCUGUUACAGAUGGGAUGUUGAAUGAGCAGCGUUGCCCGUCUGGGGACUCCAUCACUGAAUGGCGAUCUUCUGAACAAGUUGAAAAUGGAAUAACUUCCACUUCACCUCCUUACUGGGAUACUGAUGAUGAUGAUGACUGCGGACCAAAGCCUUCUGAUCUCUAUGGAAGAUUUACAUGGAGGAUUGAAAAUUUCUCAACCAUCAAUAAAAGAGAAUUGAGAAGUGAUGUAUUUGAAAUUGGUGGUUACAAAUGGUAUAUUUUGAUCUACCCUCAGGGUUGCGAUGUGUGCAAUCAUCUUUCUUUGUUUCUUUGUGUCGCUAACCACGACAAACUUCUACCAGGGUGGAGCCAUUUUGCACAGUUCACAAUAGCUGUAGUCAAUAAAGAUCCUAAGAAAUCCAAGUAUUCUGAUACAUUACACAGAUUUUGGAAGAAGGAGCAUGAUUGGGGUUGGAAAAAGUUUAUGGAGCUAUCAAAAGUUUUUGAUGGUUUUAUUGUUGCUGACACACUUGUUAUCAAAGCUCAAGUUCAAGUUAUAAGGGAGAAGUCAGAUCAGCCUUUCCGUUGUCUUGAUGGGCUGUAUAGAAGGGAACUGGUACGAGUGUAUUUGUCAAAUGUAGAACUAAUUUGUCGGCGUUUUCUAGAAGAGAGGAUAGGGAAGCUUAGCAAGUUCAUUGAAGAUAAAGUGAGGUGGUCCAGUUUUAGAGCCUUUUGGCUAGACAUUGAUCCAUGCAGUAGGCGGCGUAUGUCAAGAGACAAGACAGAUGCUAUAUUGAAAGUAAUAGUCAAGCAUUUUUUCAUAGAGAAGGAAGUCACAUCUACUUUGGUUAUGGAUUCCCUGUACAGUGGGUUAAAAGCUCUGGAACUUCAGAGCAAAAAUUUGAUAGGGAGAUCUAAAUCAGCAGAUUUAGAAGAAUUACCAGCGCCUGUGGUUCAUGUUAAUAAAGAUGUGUCCGUGUUGACUGAUGAUAUCCUUUUGUUGAUUGAAAAAGUGGUAUCUGACUUUUUGCCCAAUCAACCUUUGCCUUCAAAAGAUGACAAGUGUUUACAGAACCGUACAAAGGAAGGGAGUUCUGGAGAUGAGUCUAUUAAGGAUUCUUUAGACCGUGAUGAAAGGCGGCUUAUGGAGCUUGGCCGUAGAACUAUUGAAAUUUUUGUCUUAGUCCACAUAUUUAGCAGUAGAAUCGAAGUUUCCUACCAAGAGGCAAUUGCUCUAAAGAGGCAAGAGGAGCUGAUUCGAGAAGAGGAAGCUGCUGGCAUAGCUGAGAAUGAAGUCAAAUCAAAGUGUAGUGCUAGUGAAAAGGAAAAGCGUUCAAAGAAAAAACAGGCUAAGCAGAAGCGCAAUAAUCGCAAAGGUAAAGAGAAGGGAAAAUAUGAUAGGGGUAAUCUUGUGCAAGAAGUGCUGCAGCAAGAAACUUAUGAAGAAGAAAGGACUUCAGAUUCAUUCUAUACUGAACCAGUAGAACAUUCUAUCAAGAAGAUCGGUGCAUGUGAAGAUGCAUCUGAUAUUUCUGACACUGUAGAUGUUGCUGCUGAAAUGCUUCAACCUGAUUUAGAUGAUCAAACUGCCAGUCCUAUUAAUUGGGAUACAGAUACUUCAGAAAUUCAUCUUACCACUGAAGCUAGUGGCAGUGAUGUCCAGAAUGGGCACAUUGAUAAGAGGAGCCAAUCUAUUAUCGAUGAUAGUUCCUCAACUUGUUCGACUGACUCCGUCCCCUCUGUUUUCAUUACUGGAGUAUAUAAAGGAACCAUUUCACCAAUCAAUAUAACUCAAUCAUCUCCCAACAGAGGAAAGAACCACCGGCGUAAGGAAACACACAGCAGAAUCAGUUCGACUGUGCGAACUGAAGCUACUAUUGUUGAUAGAAAUUCAAAUCAUGUCUCAGAUAGCAAAGUUGACCAACCAGAAUCUGCACUCACAGAAUCAUCCUCGAAGACUGAGAUGCAACAGCAGCAAAUUCAAGUUGAAAAGCAGGUCCUUUCUCUGCAAAACAUGCAAAUGGCCAAAGAUCAGGUUGUGGUGGAGAGACAGUCCUGUUCAAAUCUUGGUGAAAAGCAAAACAACUCUAUUCAGCUGCUAAAGCAGUCACCAACAUUUACCUCGGAUACUCUUGUCAGCGCUUCCAACAAUAUAGUUGAGCCAACUUUGAAACUUUCAAAUAGCACAGCCCUUGAUAGGGUUCUUGCUCCAUCAUCAGGAUCUCAACCAAUGCCCUCCAGUUCCCUGGCUGAAGCUCAGAAGCAAAAUGCACUGGCAAAACAUAGUAUUGCUCACCAAGACAAUACAACGUCAAGGCCAUCCAGUGCCCCUCUUACAGCGGCACCAAGGUCCACCGCAUCUAUUUCUCCCAUUGUCCAAGCAGUACCUCUACUUUCCCGCUCGGUUAGUGCCGCUGGUCGGUUGGGGACUGAUCCAUCUCCAUCUGCCCCAAGUUAUGUUCCUCAAUCAUAUAGGAAUGCUAUAAUGGGCAAAACUACAAGUGCAAGGAUGGUAGGUUCCACCGAUGUUUAUGCUUCCUCAGGGCAAAGUGCUGUAUACUCACAGUCUCCUCCAUUGCAGUUAUCAUCUCCAUCAAAGCUUCCACCUCAAACGCCUUUAAGGACGGACCAAAUGUUGAUUCGGCCUGGAUUGACCUUUGGGUGCCUUAAUGUGGAAGCAGUCCGUACCCAGCACCUAUGGAAGGAUAGCAACCAAUACAAACCCAGCAGCAGCAGUGAAAGCAGCAGCCAGAGGUAUGGUUCAGCUUUGAUGGAUAACGAUACGGAGAAAUUCAAUGUUUAUGGAAAGUUGCAAAAAGAGUUAGUUGGGAUUGGUUCUCGGACUAUGCCCUCUCCAGUACAAGGGACCAUAACAGAGGAGUUUCCUCACCUUGAUAUUAUCAAUGACUUGCUGGACGAUGAACAAAACUUUGGUUGUACAGCUAGAGGUCCCGUUCAUACUUUCAAUCGGCAGUACUCCUUACCAGGCAAUCUGUCAACUGCCUCCAGCCAGCAUGACCAGUUUGAGCAGUACUAUGAAGAGGGCGUUCUUAGGUCAUAUGGUGCUUCCAGUAACCCUCUUCAGGGGCUGCGAGAUGGACUUCUUCAGCAGCCAGAGUUUUCACCUUAUUCUAAUAGAUAUGGCCAGUUUGAUGGAUUGAUGCGGAAUCAUUUGCCUUACAUGAAUACUGAUCUAUCGAUGCUCCGAUUAGGGGAAGGAGACGGCAAUGGAUAUCGUUACCAACUUGGAGACCAUUUGACAAGAGUAGGGAAUGGAUAUUUGUAUCGUCCUGCUAAUGGGCCUUGAGAACUAGGAUUGGUCAUUUUGUCAUCUCAAUGGGUGUUAUCAAGGUAUGUGGAAUGUUCUACGAGUCAAAUUUAUUUAGAUGCAACGAGUGCCAUAGGAUUUAAGGCUACGACCUCAAGGCCCAGUUGAGUCAGUACCCCUUGAUCGCCACUAAGUCAAGGCCCUCUAGCUCCGGUGGCAGUGUAGCUAAGGAUUCACCAUUGUCCCUCUGUCGUCAACAUGGUCAUGCCGAAGACGACGAGAAUUAGAGCCAACAAAAGACGACCGACUCGCUUCAUGCCGAUUGGUUUGCUCGAGGACAGGAGAAUGAGAAUGGGAUUUGGAUUGGAAUUCACUUUUAGUGAUGGAAUGGCUAAGACUAUCGGG